AAUUAUCAUUACUUAACAGCUGUUACAAAAAACGUGGAAUUCGAUUUGUUUUGUUGAGUUUUCUUUAUUUAUAUUUUUUAGAAAAUUAUUUGUUUAUUUUGACAAAAAAAUGGAAAUUGACCAUGAGGAAUCCAAGAUCUCCAUUAAAAAUCCCAUAAACAAAAUAAUACGUGAACGUUCUGCAGAAAUUGUUUCAGGAGGCAAUGUUUUCUAUAAUCCUGUACAAGAAUUUAACCGCGACUUAAGCAUUUCUGUGUUAAAUGUUUUCUUUAAACGCCUGCUUAAAGAAAGACAGGAGAAACUUUUAAAGAAAAGUAGAAAGGAUACAAAUGGUAAUGCCGCUGAUGAAACUAACAAAUGUGAAAAGGAAUAUCAAGCUGGUACUAAAUAUGAAGAUGGUUUGAGAAUACUAGAAGCUUUAUCAGCUACUGGUUUACGUAGUAUACGUUAUGCUAAAGAAAUUGCCGGUGUCAAAGAAAUUAUAGCCAAUGAUUUGUCUAAACAGGCGGUGGAGGCCAUUAGGGAGAAUAUUAAACAUAAUCAGGUGGAACAUUUAAUAGAACCCAGUCAUGCAGAUGCUAUGACUCUUAUGUAUUUGUCGACAUCAAAUGGCAAACAAUUUGAUUGCAUUGAUUUAGAUCCUUAUGGUUGUCCUAACCGUUUCCUUGAUGGUGCAAUACAGUCAUUGGUGGAUGGUGGUUUGCUGCUGGUUACAGCUACCGAUAUGGCCGUCUUGGCCGGCAAUGCCCCCGAAGCCUGUUAUGUUAAAUACGGUUCUGUACCUUUACGUAUGAAGUCCUGCCACGAAAUGGCUUUACGUAUCCUAUUACAUUGCAUUGAAACUCAUGCUAAUCGUUAUGGCAAAUAUAUCGUUCCUUUGCUAAGUAUUUCGGCUGAUUUUUAUGUUCGUAUCUUUGUACGUGUCUUUAGUAGUCAAGCAAUGUGCAAAUUUAGCAUGAGUAAACAAUCGAUGAUUUAUCAAUGUUGUGGCUGUGACACAUAUACUCUUUAUCCCUUGGGCACUAUUAAAUCCAAUCCUACAGCUUCAAAUCCCAAUCAAGUGAAAUUUGGUAUACCCACGGGACCGCCAGUGGGCAUGAACUGUGAACAUUGUGGUCAAAAACAUCAUUUGGGUGGUCCUAUUUGGUCAGAUCCCAUACACGAUAAAACUUUUGUACAAGAAUUGCUUGAUGCAAUCGAUGUAGAGCCCUUAUCGGAAUUAGGUACACAAAGACGUUUAAUCGGUAUGCUAACGGUGGUGCAGGAAGAAUUGGACGAUGUACCACUCUACUAUACGUUAGACAAACUAUGUUGUGUUUUAAAAUUGGAAAUUGUGCCUAUAUUGAAAUUUCGUUCGGCUUUACUUAAUGCCGGCUAUAAAGUGUCAUUCUCUCAUGCCUACAAAAAUUCCAUUAAAACCAAUGCACCCGCUUCAGUGUUAUGGGAUAUUUUAAGAUGUUGGAAUAAACGUCAUCCCGUUAAGGAGGAGCGCAUGAUUGAUGGCACACCGAUUAAGGCAAUUUUAAGUAAAGACUGUACACAAGAAUAUAGUUUUGAUACAAUACAUCCUGAUGCAAAUCCUAAAAGUAGAAAACAGGCUUUAUCCAGAUUUCAAGCAAAUCCAACAGCUCACUGGGGUCCAGGUACCAGGGCUACUAUAAUGGUGGGCGAAGAUAAAGUGGCCAAAAGUUUUCGCAAUCAAAAUAAGAAACAAAAACAUAAAGCCACCGAUUUGAAUGAUGAUGAUAAUGAGGACAAGGAAGUCCAGAAAACUAAACAAGCUAAAUUAGAAGAGGCCGAUAAAAGUUGAUUUAAGUUAAACAGUGUUUUAUUUUAUUAAACAAUUUACAAAGAUUUUUAUUUUGUAAAAA